CGGAAGUGUACGUGACAGUUUGUUAGCAAGUUGUCGUGGAAACUAGCUAAAUGGAGGGAUUUUGAAGCUAGCUAAGGACGGCUUCGGUGUCGAGAAGGAGUUCAUUUCGACUGCCUAAGUCUUUGCACAAAUUAGCCAGUUUGCCAACUAGUUAGACCUAGCAAUAUAUUGUCUUCAAACUGCAAAGUUAUCAUUGAGUCGCUAACUAACGUAGCUAGCACACUGACUGUGUGCGCGGGCAAGGGCGGUAAAGAGCUGGAAAAGUAAGUAUAAUCGACAACAUCAUGACCCAACAAGGAGCAGCACUACAAACCUACAACAAUGAGCUUGUCAAAUGUAAGUGAUUGUGGCAUUUCGUAUAUUUGUCAGUUAACUUGUGUUUUGACAGACACAAAGUCUGGUUUAUAACAUACUACUUUAGUUAGCUAGCUAACGUUAGUUUCCACCUAACUAUGUCAAUUUGUACGUUAACUAGCUAGUUAGCUUCUUGAUUUCACUUGUUUGGUUCCGUUGUGGAAAUACCUGUCUUUCUAUGCUGCACUUAGGCCCUUCAGGGACAAUAAAGAUUUACUGAAUUUAUCAUAUUCCAGAUCCUCCUUUUGGACAGCUACAGCUAAUUAGGCACGUGUGACUGUGAAUCUGGUUAGCUAACCUAGACAGAUUAUGCUGCUUCUAUCCCCUGCUUUGAUGCAGCCUGAUUCUAGGCUAUCUUUCUCUUUGAUGCUGUUUCCUUUUCUCCCCCAUAGAAAUCAGUAUUGCCCUAGGUGCAUGUGCAGACAGUUGUUAUUUUUUCCUAUAUCACUACACAAGAGUAAGUGUGAUUUAGUCAACUGAUUUGUUGAAAAGGUAGGGAGGGGGAUUGCAGAAUCAUGUCCUUCCUUAGUCUGUAUUUUAUAAGCAAGAGACCCUAUACUUGAACCCAGUCUCUGCAGAAGUUUGCCUGUUUGACUUGUCAAGAAAAUAUAUCUAGUUUGAAAUACAUUUGUUUCAACUCUUUAAGCCUUCAUUGAUAAUUUACACACUUAUUGUGACACCCAGUGUGUGCUUAGUGGGAGGGGAUAUAACUGUUACAAGAAUGUUGGUAUCCAAGUAGUAGGCGUGUGUUUGGACUGCAGAUACUGUCUGCAGUUCUUCCAGACUACAGCAGACCCAUGGGAAAUAUCCAGACUAUAGUUCAGCUUGCUGCAGCACAGCCAUCAAACCCCUGACACUUACAGUUUAAAUUAAGACGAGGCAUUCUGCUUGAGCAGAAUUUAAAUGCAUCCAACUCUGAGUAACUGUGUUUCAAUCAGAGUCCAUGUAUAGAUGCCCAUCAUCUGACAUGACAAGGAGAAAUGAUCUAGACUUGCAGACAUGUCUCGAGUCAAGUUUAGCCCAGGUGAUCUGCUUCGUAAGACUGUUUUCAUUGGCAUUGUCUGUAAGAUCAAUUGAACCCUUGAUUCUCAACCCACUCAUUAAUUAUAGUUUUGAUAGAUUUUAUGUCAGCAGUUGUUAUGAAUCAUAAUCAUAUAGGCUAGUGUUAUGGUGCUGAUUAGAUGGGAGUGUUGGUGCAACUAAUGCCUAUCUUAAACUGUGAAAGAGAUCUUAGUCAGUAGCUAUGGAAUUAGACGUGACCUCCGGCAGUGGGAUUUCAUGAAUGUAUUAUUGACUCCCUGUCACACGCACACUUUCAUCCAUCACAGGCUGGAAUGGGCUGAUUCAACAGGAAAAGGGUACUGAGUGAGGGGGACCUCAGUUAGACCUCACCCUCCCAGUUAUCCCUCUUAAAUUGUGCACAGGAAGUCUGACAUACGUAUUUAGGAGGAUAGGUUAUAGGCCGCUAGGUUGUUUUCUCUUUAAAAUACCCAUAUUUGUAACCAUUCACAUGAUGUUUGGACUAGGAAUGUAGGCCCAGGCUAUAUUUGAUGGUAAGCAUUCAUAAUUCUAAGUAAUUGAUGUAGGCUACACUGUAAAAACAGACACGUGCACAUGAAUUGAACAUGAUCUGAAUACCAUGGUCGUAUCCACAUUAAUGUUACAUUCCACCUCCUAACAGCCAGUGUUGUUUCAUUCUCCCCAGGUAUCGAGGAGCUGUGCUCUAAGAGGGAUGAGUUGAACCGUCAGAUACAGCUGGAGGAGGAGGAGAAGGGUCGUCUACAACACGACAUCCGCGUCCUCACUGAGAAGCUAAGCCGGGUCAAUGAGAGCCUGGCCCGACGACUCACCGCCCGCGCUGACUUUGACCGCACCAUAGCUGAGACAGAGGCUGCCUAUAUGAAGGUCAGGACGGGCCAGGGUUUAUGGGGUUUAUUUUUCUUAAAGUUUUGUUGUUUUUCUUCCUUAUAUUUAGGUUUUUCAACAAUAUUUUAGUCUCACGAAACCCUGAAUGCAUAUUAUGUCAGCUUUACAGUAUCGCUCAUGUUAAUUUGACUGCAAAAAUACCCUACAAACGUACAGGGCGAGACAACAUUUUCUGACUCACAAAAGAACCCUGGGAUGACUUGCAGUAAUUCAAGACAACAUACAUCCCACGUGUUGUCUUAAUAUCAACUCCCUUGGUGUUACUAAGAGCUUAAUGGCAGAGCAAACAAAUGCCCGUAAGUGUCGUUAAUUAAAAACAACAGAGUGCUCAGUCAGACUUCCAAUCAAAUUGUUACACGGCACAUUGUCACGCUGCAUCUUGUUCCCACUUGCCUCAAACUAUAUGGUAUUUCAUAGACUGAGGCGAGUGUCUUCUGUUAAUUCAUGCCUUGCUCUCUCAGAUUCUGGAGAGCUCUCAGACACUGCUGAGUGUACUAAAGAAGGAAGCGGGGAAUCUCGGCAAAGCCACUGAACCCAGAGGGAAAGACCACUGAUGUCCAUACCACCUUCCCUCUCACCCAGACACCAGCAAUUCCCCUCACCAUCUUAUCUAGAACUGUGGACUGUUUGUAAUAUAUUUAUGUAAAAAUGUCUAAUUCUGCUCUUUACUGUUGUACUUACUUUAUAUCAAUUGAAUUAUUUUAAUAAAGACUCUUUGAAGAUUCCCUUCGCAUUUACCUAUUACACUUGCAGUGUAUGGAAC